ACCCACGUACGUCAAAAAGUAUAUUCAAUAACUAUUUUUCUUCGACACAUCUAUAACAGAUUUCCAUUCAUAUUUUUUUGUAAUUUUUUUCGAUAUGGUUUCAAUUAGUUAUGCAUUGUUGUUAAUUUGUUUAGCUAAAAUCUGUACGUGUGAACAAAUUGAUUUGGACCAUCUUACACUUGAUAUCGCAAAAAAACAUUUACAAAAACACGAUGAAAUGUUAUCUUUUGUAAUACUAAAUCGUCCUAAUUAUACUGGUACUAAACUAUGUGAACAAUUGAAAGAACUCUGCCUAAAUGAUAAUAUCGAUAUUCCCGUGUCUUUGGAUGAAUCUAAUAAAGCUACAUCUCAAACAGACAGUACGCCUUUUGUUUUAAGAACCUUACAAGAAAUUACAGAUGAUGCUCUAAAUGAAAACAAUCCACUCGAAGCUAUAGUUUGGCUUAUAAAUGUUAUUGAAAGCAUGGGACUUACACUGUUAGCUAAUUAUAAUCUAGUCACAGCAAAAGCAAUACCAACUAUACUAGAAGAAAAGGAGAAGUUUAGUAAUCAUUUUAAUAAGGCCAAAACUUUUUUUAAUUUUCUAUUAGAAAAAUUUAAAUAUUAUCGUAUAGAUACAGAACCGGUUGAUAAGGUAAUUUCCAUUUACGAUGAAUAUAACCGGUCUUUGAAACUGGAAGAAAAUAAACAAGAAUUUAAUAAAAAAAGCAAGAAUAAUUUCGAUCGUUUUGUAAACCGUACAUGUUUGGUAAAAAUGCCAAAUCGUGAAAAACAUGUAAGAGUUGUAGAUUAUUUAAAAAAAUUACAAAAACAAGAAUUUGAAGCUAAUAAAGAAAAAUACGAAAUUUCAGUUCAAAAUCUGUUUAAUACAUUCUAUACUUACAUAGACCAUAAUGUAAAAAUCUUAAAAGAUUCAGAAAAUACUGGAGGAUUAAAUUAAAAAAUAAUCUUAAGU